AUGGCAAGGCCAUUAUUCCAUUCCAUUCUCUCAUGCUUCUGUUCUCAUAGUAAGACCAAGAAAUCACAAGAAUCAAAAGAUGAACAAAACUCUCCUAAUAAUAAUUCAUCAUCUCCACAGUUUUCUAGUGAGAAAAAACUUUUCUCUAAGCUGAACAGUAAUAUUAGCAGCAAAGCUGUUUUAAUAGUAAAAAUGGUGUCCUGGAAGAAAAAUAAUAAUAGUAUGCAGAAGCAUGAAGAUGACUGUUAUGAUGUUGUUGUUGUUGACGAUGAAGAAGGUGUUUGGAGAAAAGCCAUCAUCAUGGGAGAACGGUGCCGUCCGUUUGAUUUUUCCGGGAAGAUUGAGUAUGACUGUGAAGGGAAUCGUCUUGAUAAUGAUCGUGAUCACAGUGGUAAAAUUGAUCCUCUGAAAAUUUGA